GCGCGGGCCGGGGCCGCCGCCGCCACUGCCGUCGGAGAAGGUCCCAGCACGGACAUGGCCUCGCGCGGCGCCCGCCCGAGCCCGAGCCCCCCGCGCCCCGCUUUGUAGCCCCCCGCGGAGAGGCGGCCUCGACGGUGCCGACGGCGCAGACGGCCGGGCGGGCGGCAUGGAGGCGGCGCACCUGCUCUCGGCCGCCGACGUGCUGCGCCACUUCUCGGUGACAGCCGAGGGCGGCCUGAGCCCGGCGCAGGUGACCGGCGCGCGGGAGCGCUACGGCCCCAACGAGCUCCCGAGUGAGGAAGGGAAGUCCCUGUGGGAGCUGGUGCUGGAACAGUUUGAGGACCUCCUGGUGCGCAUCCUGCUGCUGGCUGCCCUUGUCUCCUUUGUCCUGGCCUGGUUCGAGGAGGGCGAGGAGACCACGACCGCCUUCGUGGAGCCCCUGGUCAUCAUGCUGAUCCUCGUGGCUAAUGCCAUUGUGGGCGUGUGGCAGGAACGCAACGCCGAGAGUGCCAUCGAGGCCCUGAAGGAGUAUGAGCCUGAGAUGGGCAAGGUGAUCCGCUCGGACCGCAAGGGCGUGCAGAGGAUCCGUGCCCGGGACAUCGUCCCAGGGGACAUUGUAGAAGUGGCAGUGGGGGACAAAGUGCCUGCUGACCUCCGACUCAUCGAGAUCAAGUCCACCACGCUGCGAGUGGACCAGUCCAUCCUGACGGGUGAAUCUGUGUCCGUGACCAAGCACACAGAGGCCAUCCCAGACCCCAGAGCUGUGAACCAGGACAAGAAGAACAUGCUGUUUUCUGGCACCAAUAUCGCAUCGGGCAAAGCAGUGGGUGUGGCCGUGGCCACCGGCCUGCACACGGAGCUGGGCAAGAUCCGGAGCCAGAUGGCGGCAGUGGAGCCCGAGCGGACGCCGCUGCAGCGCAAGCUAGAUGAGUUUGGACGGCAGCUGUCCCACGCCAUCUCUGUGAUCUGCGUGGCCGUGUGGGUCAUCAACAUCGGCCACUUUGCUGACCCGGCCCAUGGUGGCUCCUGGCUGCGCGGCGCUGUCUACUACUUCAAGAUCGCCGUGGCCCUGGCUGUGGCGGCCAUCCCCGAGGGCCUCCCUGCUGUCAUCACUACAUGCCUGGCACUGGGCACGCGGCGCAUGGCACGCAAGAAUGCCAUCGUGCGAAGCCUGCCGUCUGUGGAGACCCUGGGCUGCACCUCAGUCAUCUGCUCCGACAAGACGGGCACGCUCACCACCAAUCAGAUGUCUGUCUGCCGGAUGUUCGUGGUAGCCGAGGCCGAUGCGGGCUCCUGCCUUUUGCACGAGUUCACCAUCUCGGGUACCACGUAUACCCCCGAGGGCGAAGUGCGGCAGGGGGAUCAGCCUGUGCGCUGCGGCCAGUUCGAUGGGCUGGUGGAGCUGGCGACCAUCUGCGCCCUGUGCAACGACUCGGCGCUGGACUACAACGAGGCCAAGGGUGUGUACGAGAAGGUGGGAGAGGCCACGGAGACAGCUCUGACUUGCCUGGUGGAGAAGAUGAACGUGUUCGACACGGACCUGCAGGCCCUGUCCCGGGUGGAGCGAGCUGGCGCCUGUAACGCGGUCAUCAAGCAGCUGAUGUGGAAAGAGUUCACCCUGGAGUUCUCCCGAGACCGGAAGUCCAUGUCCGUGUACUGCACGCCCACCCGCCCUCACCCUACCGGCCAAGGCAGCAAGAUGUUUGUGAAGGGGGCUCCUGAGAGCGUGAUCGAGCGCUGCAGCUCAGUCCGCGUGGGGAGCCACACAGCACCCCUGACCCCCACCUCCAGGGAGCAGAUCCUGGCAAAGAUCCGGGAUUGGGGCUCAGGCUCAGACACGCUGCGCUGCCUGGCACUGGCCACCCGGGAUGCGCCCCCAAGGAAGGAGGACAUGGAGCUGGACGACUGCAGCAAGUUUGUGCAGUAUGAGACGGACCUGACCUUCGUGGGCUGCGUGGGCAUGCUGGACCCGCCGCGGCCUGAGGUGGCUGCCUGCAUCACACGCUGCCACCAGGCGGGCAUCCGCGUGGUCAUGAUCACGGGGGAUAACAAAGGCACUGCCGUGGCCAUCUGCCGCAGGCUUGGCAUCUUUGGGGACACGGAAGACGUGGCGGGCAAGGCCUACACGGGCCGCGAGUUUGAUGACCUCAGCCCCGAGCAGCAGCGCCAUGCCUGCCGCACCGCCCGCUGCUUCGCCCGCGUGGAGCCCGCACACAAGUCCCGCAUCGUGGAGAACCUGCAGUCCUUUAACGAGAUCACCGCCAUGACUGGUGAUGGAGUGAACGACGCACCAGCCCUGAAGAAAGCAGAGAUCGGCAUCGCCAUGGGCUCAGGCACGGCCGUGGCCAAGUCGGCAGCAGAGAUGGUGCUGUCAGAUGACAACUUUGCCUCCAUCGUGGCUGCGGUGGAGGAGGGCCGGGCCAUCUACAACAACAUGAAGCAAUUCAUCCGCUACCUCAUCUCCUCCAAUGUUGGCGAGGUCGUCUGCAUCUUCCUCACGGCAAUUCUGGGCCUGCCCGAAGCCCUGAUCCCUGUGCAGCUGCUCUGGGUGAACCUGGUAACAGACGGCCUACCUGCCACGGCUCUGGGCUUCAACCCGCCAGACCUGGACAUCAUGGAGAAGCUGCCCCGGAGCCCCCGAGAAGCCCUCAUCAGUGGCUGGCUCUUCUUCCGAUACCUGGCUAUCGGAGUGUACGUAGGCCUGGCCACAGUGGCUGCCGCCACCUGGUGGUUCCUGUAUGAUGCCGAGGGACCUCACAUCAACUUCUACCAGCUGAGGAACUUCCUGAAGUGCUCCAAAGACAACCCGCUCUUUGCCGGCAUCGACUGUGAGGUGUUCGAGUCGCGCUUCCCCACCACCAUGGCCUUGUCCGUGCUCGUGACCAUUGAAAUGUGCAAUGCCCUCAACAGCGUCUCGGAGAACCAGUCGCUGCUGCGGAUGCCACCCUGGAUGAACCCCUGGCUGCUGGCGGCUGUGGCCAUGUCCAUGGCCCUGCACUUCCUCAUCCUGCUCGUGCCGCCCCUGCCUGUGAGUCACCCCGCCUGCCCCACUGCCCUGGUCCCCGGACAUCACAGGCCCUGGGCUGGUCGCUGGACCUCUCUGGCCCCCCUGCAAUGGAAACCACCUGGAGGAGAGGGAGCUCAUUUUCCAGGUGACCCCACUGAGCGGGCGCCAGUGGGUGGUGGUGCUCCAGAUAUCUCUGCCUGUCAUCCUGCUGGAUGAGGCCCUCAAGUACCUGUCCCGGAACCACAUGCACGAAGAAAAGAGCCAGAAGUGAGCGCUGGGAACAGAGUGGAGUCUCCGGUGUGUACCUCAGACUGAUGGUGCCCAUGUGUUUGCCUCCACCCCCCACACCUGCCACCACACUCGCCCACUUGCCCACCGGGUCCUGCCGGAUAAAUGACAGGCCCGAGGCCAGAACGGCCAUCCCCGGGCCUCGUCCUGGGGUCUCUGUCCCCACUUCCUUCUGGCCUGGGAGGUCUGUAAUUCCUGUCUCCUGGACUCUUCUGGGAAGUUCCCCGCUCUGCAGCUCUGGCCCAGGAGCUGCAGGCUGGGAGGGGGCAGCCAAGAAGUCGCAGCUGGCAGCACACCCAGAGAUCCGGGGCCCCCCACCCCCAAAUCACGAGUCCGGCUGGAGCUUGCUCCCCCUUGCUUGGAAGCUGGGCGUUCACUUGGUGACUGGUGCCUCUGCACUGACAGAGGACUCCUGGGGGUCCUUCUUACCGGCUCUGACCUCUCCCUUCGUGCCUGGUCUGGGACUGGGUCAGCCCUGGGGGAUCAGAACGGGCCAUCUGGGCCCAGCUGUGUGUAGCGAGGGCGGGCAGCCCCCUCCACUCCGCUCUGCUUCCACAAAGUCGGCUCCCGAGAGCUUGAGGCUGCUUCUGUUUAUAUGUGCAGGGCCCAGGGGGUGAAGGGUCAGAGAGACGGACACAAGGAGCCGGGUGGAGGGCGGAGCGAGGAUGUCCUUUCCUGGGAGACAAGUCGGGAAAGCCUAGUUGGCCUGCGUCAGCCCCGCUCGCCUCCUGGACUCAGGGUUCCCCGCCCUGAGCACAGGAGACGUUCAGAGUCACGCUGUCACCUGGUCCGCCACACGGAGGUCCAACCCACCACCCGCGUCCCUGGCACCUGAGACCCCCGAGGUCCUCAGGUUCCUGACCGUGGCACCUUUCUACCCAGCCCAGUGUGCAGCCGCCGCGCUGUCUGUGCAGCUGGGGGCCUCUGAGCCUGGUGGGCUCUCCUGGACUCUUGGCCUCACUCCUUGCCCCCUCCACACGACACCCAUGAGCCGAAAGGAUGUCACUAAGGAGGGCUGAUUCCCAAGGGCACCCACUCUCCCUCCCUCCCUGCUGGAGGAACGCGUCAUGUCAGAUGAGAGGAAGAUGGCCUUUGAUGGACAGAAUUUUUAUCUUAGCUUUUGCUACUUUGGCAAAAACUAGCGAGGGGUAGCAGAAACCUGUGCCAAGGACUGUCCCUGUGUCUUGGCCCCUCCUAGAGAGUGUGCAGACUGAUGAUUUUGUAUGUAAAUCAAGACUCACAUCCCUUUCCUAGUCCCCCACAUCCAAAGCCCCUCAGCCUGCCCUGCAGACCAAUGGGCUCCAUGUUCUGUAGCCCCCUCCCCCACGCCUCUCCCCUCCUCCCUCUCGCAGGUUCUGGCAGCCAGUGAGAGAAACGCAGUGGGGGAGGCGGGGAGUCUGGUGCCUGCAGAGAUUCUCUGCUUCUUUCCUGGGGGGAGGUGGGGAGGUCUUAGCAGGAGCAGGGCCCUGUACCCACCUGCUGACAUGCUGUUUGGUAGAGAAAUAAAGGUUGUGUGACUGGGGGAAUGGAG